AUGAACAUCUACGAUGCUGGAAGAAAAAAAAACAAACGUAAACAAGCUGCCAAAGGGUCUGCACCUGAGGAAAAAGGGAGGAAAGACAACGAUUUUACCACGAAGAAAAAGACUGCCAUCCUUCAUCUGAAGAUGCCCGCCAUAUUCUCCCAACCGCUGGAAAAACAGGAGUUGCAGAUCAAUGCGAUCGACGUCGAGGUAGUCGUGGGCGUUGACAUGACAAAAUUAAAGGCAGAUGCAUAUUGUAACUCUACCGACUCCGAUUUGGAUUUGAUGACAGGUGCUCUUGCGAAACGGUUGCGUAUUGUUGGUGGAGUCGAAUUUGAAAAGGCAUGUCGCGCCGCGAGAACCACGGAUGGUGUCGCAGUAACCGUCCCUGGUAAACUGAACUGCAAGCACGUUAUUCAUCUGGACAUUCACCAUCGAGGGUCGUGGAAGGAUAAAAUGUUGAAAGUGUUGAAUAAAGCAGACAGCUUGGGCAUAACAUCUAUCGUAAUACCUGCGUUUGGAACAGGAGCUGGCAGGUGCGACCCCGAUGUGGUAUCUGAAGGAAUGUUUGAAGGCGUUGCCCAAUACGCUCAAGGUGAUAAGUUGACUGUGAAGAAGUUAACGAUUGUCGUGUAUGAAAAAUCUAUGGCCGGAAGUUUUCAAAUGGGUAGGUUGGCCUAG